UAUCUAUAUUCCAUAUUCGAUUAGGUACUUGUUUCGUAACAGGUCCACUCCGCUGAAAUACAGAAUUUAAGUUGUACUGUGAUUAUCCAAACAUGUAUCAUCAACUGAACAAAGUUACCGGCAGGCUCGUAGCUGCCUCCAACCUCCAGGCGCCACUUUUCCCAGUGGCUCCCAUUGCUUUGCAACGAGUGGACCCACCAGCAAUCCAGUACAACACUGCACAGAUGUCGACUGUCUCCGAAGCUUGCUCGACUGCUCCAAGACGGAUGAUCCCUGGUACCAACGAAGCCUACUCCCCCCUGUCUCCCAAAAUCCGUGAACGUCAAGAACGCUUCCAGAAAGAGGAUGACACGCCAGUCUUCUUGAAGGGAGGUCCCUUCGAUGGUAUCUUGUACCGUUUGACUCUAAUCUUGUGUGUUGCUGGAAUCAUUGGAGUUGGACACACAGUCUAUAUCCACGCUGUACCACAGAAUAAGUAAAUUAUUCAAAUGCACAUGCAUGUGAUAAACAAACGUAGUUAAUUCUGUAUAAUUUAUGUAACAAGGAUCAGUAUAAAUAUUAAAGAAAAGAAA